UUGGAAAUGGCUUAGUAUAGCCGCUGAAACAGAAAUGCGACUUGUCUAGCUGUCUCUCUUCCUCGUAUAUUUAUACCUGAAAAGGGCAAAGAGAAAAGUCAUAAAAACUCAAUUCCGAUUUCGCUAGGGUUGCUCUGAACCGUCGACUUCUCUUCAAUAUCUCUCCACGGUUUGGUUCGGGAUUGAAAGAUGUGUUUUAGGUCUUAAAUUUGGUUCACGACGUUUAAGUUUAGCUCCUAAACUUUGUGGAAUAAUCUCAUCUGAUUUGGAAAUUUGAGUUGAGAGGAAUGGCAUGGUUUCGAGCUGGGUCAAAUGUGGCAAAACUUGCCAUCAGAAGGACUUUGUCGCAGAGAGGUGGUUCAUAUGUAUCCAGAACACGCGUAGUUCCAUUACAAAAUCGAUUUUUUCAUACCACAGUUUUUAGAUCAAAGGCGCAAUCUGCACCUGUCCCACGUCCUGUUCCGCUGUCUAAGCUAACUGACAGUUUCCUAGAUGGGACAAGCAGUGUUUAUCUUGAGGAGCUUCAGCGGGCCUGGGAGCAAGAUCCUAAUAGUGUUGAUGAGUCAUGGGACAACUUCUUUAGGAACUUUGUUGGCCAAGCUGCCACUUCACCUGGAAUUUCUGGUCAAACGAUUCAAGAGAGUAUGCGACUGUUGCUGCUUGUUAGAGCUUACCAGGUGUAUGGUCACAUGAAAGCUAAGUUGGACCCAUUGGGCUUGGAACAGAGGGAAAUUCCAGAUGAUCUGGAUCCUGCACUUUAUGGUUUCUCUGAAGCUGAUCUUGAUCGCGAGUUCUUCAUUGGCGUGUGGAGGAUGUCAGGAUUUUUGUCAGAGAACCGACCUGUGCAAACCUUGAGAGCGAUAUUGACACGGCUUGAACAGGCUUACUGUGGUGCUAUUGGCUAUGAGUAUAUGCACAUUGCUGAUCGUGAACAGUGUAAUUGGUUAAGGGACCGGAUUGAGACUCCCACACCAAUGGAGUACAGCCAUGAGCGGCGUGAGGUUAUUCUUGAUCGCCUCAUGUGGAGUUCUCAGUUUGAGAAUUUCUUGGCCACUAAGUGGACUGCUGCAAAGAGGUUUGGGCUUGAAGGGGCUGAAACCUUGAUCCCAGGAAUGAAGGAAAUGUUUGAUAGGUCUGCAGAUCUGGGAGUCGAGAGCAUAGUGAUUGGAAUGUCACACAGAGGGAGACUUAACGUGUUGGGUAAUGUUGUUCGGAAGCCUUUGCGCCAGAUAUUUAGCGAGUUCAGUGGUGGUACUAAACCUUCAGAUGAAGUUGGCUUGUAUACAGGAACUGGUGAUGUAAAGUAUCACCUGGGAACUUCUUAUGACCGGCCAACUAGGGGUGGAAAGAGAAUUCAUUUGUCUCUUGUGGCAAACCCCAGUCACCUGGAAGCAGUAGAUCCUGUUGUAGUUGGGAAAACUAGAGCAAAACAGUAUUAUUCUAAUGACGUCACUAGAACAAGAAACAUGGGUGUCUUAAUUCAUGGGGAUGGUAGCUUUGCAGGACAAGGAGUUGUUUAUGAGACCCUGCAUCUUAGCGCUCUUCCUAAUUACACUACUGGUGGAACUAUACACAUUGUGGUUAACAAUCAAGUAGCCUUCACUACUGAUCCCAAGUCAGGAAGAUCUUCUCAGUAUUGUACUGAUGUUGCUAAAGCACUGAAUGCCCCAAUCUUCCAUGUCAACGGUGAUGAUGUGGAGGCUGUGGUCCAUGUCUGUGAGCUUGCAGCAGAGUGGCGUCAGACAUUCCAUUCGGAUGUUGUGGUUGACAUUGUUUGUUACCGCCGAUUUGGUCAUAAUGAGAUUGAUGAGCCAUCUUUUACCCAGCCCCAAAUGUACAAGGUAAUCCGAAAUCAUCCUUCAGCCAUGGAGAUUUACCAAAAGAAACUUUUAGAAUCUGGUCAGCUGUCUAAAGAGGGCAUUGAUAGGAUAAAUAACAAAGUUCUUUCAAUUCUUAAUGAAGAAUUUGUGGCCAGCAAAGAUUAUAUCCCCCAAAGGAGGGACUGGCUUUCCGCUUACUGGAUGGGGUUCAAGUCUCCUGGGCAGCUUUCACGUAUCCGAAACACUGGUGUAAAGCCAGAGAUUUUGAAGACUGUUGGCAAAGCAAUCACAACUCUUCCAGAGAACUUUAAACCUCACAGAGCAGUUAAGAGAAUUUUUGAUGACCGUGCCAAGAUGAUUGAGACAGGCGAAGGAAUAGACUGGGCAGUGGGGGAGGCACUUGCUUUUGCGACACUGCUGGUGGAAGGAAAUCAUGUCAGGCUUAGUGGUCAAGAUGUUGAGAGAGGUACUUUUAGUCAUCGACAUUCUGUCGUUCAUGAUCAAGAAACAGGGGGACAGUAUUGCCCUUUGGAUCAUGUUAUGAUCAAUCAGAAUGAAGAAAUGUUUACGGUUAGUAACAGCUCUCUUUCUGAAUUUGGUGUCUUGGGCUUUGAAUUGGGUUACUCCAUGGAAAACCCAAAUUCUUUGGUACUGUGGGAAGCCCAAUUUGGUGAUUUUGCCAAUGGAGCUCAAGUGAUAUUUGAUCAGUUCUUGAGCAGUGGGGAGGCCAAAUGGCUUCGUCAGACAGGACUAGUUGUGCUUCUGCCUCAUGGUUAUGAUGGCCAGGGCCCUGAACAUUCUAGUGCACGUUUGGAGCGUUUCCUUCAGAUGAGUGAUGACAACCCCUUUGUCAUCCCAGAGAUGGAUCCAACCCUUAGAAAGCAGAUCCAAGAAUGCAAUUGGCAGGUGGUAAAUGUAACUACACCAGCAAACUAUUUCCAUGUUCUGCGGCGUCAAAUCCACAGGGAAUUCCGUAAGCCUCUUAUUGUGAUGUCUCCGAAGAAUUUGCUUCGGCAUAAAGACUGCAAAUCCAAUCUUUCUGAGUUUGAUGACGUGCAAGGCCAUCCUGGUUUUGACAAACAAGGGACCAGGUUUAAGCGCCUCAUCAAGGACCAGAAUGACCAUAAGGAAGUUGAGGAGGGCAUUAGUCGCUUGGUUCUUUGCUCAGGAAAGGUUUAUUAUGAACUUGAUGAAGAGAGGAGAAAAGUGAAUAGGAAGGAUGUUGCUAUAUGUCGGGUGGAACAACUUUGCCCCUUCCCUUAUGAUCUCAUUCAACGUGAAUUGAAGCGAUAUCCAAAUGCUGAGAUCGUAUGGUGCCAGGAAGAGCCCAUGAACAUGGGUGCCUACAAUUAUGUUGGACUUCGACUGGCUACUGCCAUGAAAGCAUUGGGAAGAGGUGAUUUAGAUGAUGUCAAGUAUGUUGGACGUGCUCCAUCUGCUGCCACAGCUACUGGUUUCCUGAGCGUGCACCAAAAGGAGCAAAGGGAACUUGUAGGGAAAGCCUUGCAGCCUGAUCCAAUUAGCAUUUCUUGAUGAUGUUUUCUCCAUAAGCAGUUAAAUGUUUAAUUCUGCUUAGAAAGAUACAAAUGUUUUUGUUUGUACCCAGAAGAAAAACAAUAAUGUGUUUUGCAAUUCUAACAGUUUCUUGGACAAAACAAGUCCUAUACAUCUUCUUGUCAGUCAAUCUGGUAGUGGAUGCAGCCUUGCUGUUCUCUAGGCGGACCACUGCUUCUACUCAUAUUGUCGUGUAAUAGAAAGCAGCGCUGAGUGAAUAAUAAAGACAUCUUUAACAUCCCC